CUCCACUCUAACAGUCCCUUCUUUCCCUCAUCGGGAGCAUCUUGACCUUUCUUUCCCAAUCUGCUUGCAGCGAUUUUCAGUUUUUCAGUUUAUUGAGGUACCUUGCCUUGUUUCCAUUGAUUGCCAACAAGGUUGGUAGGUACCUUACAUACGGUACAACAUCACCUGCCUAAGCGGUCUACCAGCCCUUAGCCGCACAGCUCCCAGCUUGGUCAAGGUACCGACCUUAACCUUCUGCUGGUACCUACAUUCUACCGCCGCUCAAUUCGGACUCACUCUUUUGACAUCAUUCAACGCCCACCCCCUCAAGAACGAACUCUCCACUGAGUAAAGUUUAUCUGGUAGUCAACAAAUGCUCCCGUCUUGCCAGCCUGUCUACCUUAGUAGCCGCCAUCGUCAUUUCUCGCCACAUCGCACCACAAUUAAACCCACCGGCCGAAAUCUAAGCUCCAACUGCCUGCUUGGCUACCGCAUCUAGCUGCAUCCACGCCGAGCGCAGCGCAAUCACAACAUUGUCAACCGCAUUCCAGAGCGACAACCUUGACAUUCCACGUCCAUUUGGUCUACUGGUACGACGACGGCCAGCUGUAUUCGACUUCCACCCACCUCAUACGUGCCAAACUGUAACAUCUACGCCGUCACCUACACCUACGAAAUAAACCUGCAUUUCAUCAGAGCAGUUUCUCCUCAUUCAGAGACACCUCAACUCCAUUUGUGGUCUCUAGGUACCACAUCGGAUGAGCCUAAUCGGAUAGCGUACUGGCUCUGCGUCCCAUAUCUGCUUAGUCCUUCCUCGAAACGCAAACAAUCAUAGGCAAGCCAAGCCGAGUGACCUCGUUCAUCAGUCAUCAUGUCGGCCAGCGGAUUCACCAGUCCAUUUGGUGCCAAUUCGAACCCCUUCAGCUCGCCGGAAGAAAGGAGAGGUGUAGCCGGAUCUAUCCAACCUGUACUGGAAGAAGAGGAGGCCGACGGAAUCGGCAGUGACCCCAUUUCAUUCAAAAGCCCUGGAUUCCGAGCACCAUUUGGUGGAGGCGACGCAAACUCGGAAGGACCACCAUCCUCGAGGCCACAAAACCCGGAUGGGUAUCCAGCCCAGUACAACUUUGCGAGGAGAACGUCAGUUUCGGCCGAGUCACUGAAGCCGAUUGCCGAUUCAUAUGACAAUUGGACCCCGCCCUUCCACCCAAAGAGUGCCGAACAACUGGAGAGGCUUAAGAAGGCCAUACAAGGCAACUUCCUGUUUAGUCACUUGGACGAUGAGCAAAGUGCUCAAAUUCUCGGCGCUUUGGUGGAAAAGCCCAUCCCCGCCAAGGACAUCAAGGUAAUCGUCCAAGGUGAUGCUGGUGACUAUUUCUAUGUUGUUGAGAAAGGCAAGUUCAACGUCUAUGUCAACUCGAGCGGCGUGAUGCAAGCAGGAACACAAGGCCUGGGCGAUCACGUCGGUACCAUCGAGGCAGGGGGCUCUUUUGGCGAGCUGGCCCUCAUGUAUAAUGCACCACGAGCGGCUACAGUCAUGUCGGCUGAGCCCAACUGUGUUCUCUGGGCCCUCGACAGAGUGACUUUCCGCCGCAUCCUCAUGGAGUCGACAUUUUCACGCCGCCGGAUGUACGAGAACUUCCUGGAAGAGGUUCCCAUUUUGUCAACGUUGACAGCAUACGAGCGAUCAAAGAUUGCCGAUGCCCUUGAGACACAAAAAUACCCUCCUGGCACAGUUGUAAUCAAGGAGGGUGAUCCGGGCGAAGACUUCUACCUCCUUGAGAGCGGCGAGGCUGAAGCUUUCAAAGCCGGGAUUGACCAACCUGUGAAGCUCUAUAAGAAGGGUGACUUCUUUGGAGAACUUGCUCUACUUAAUGAUGCACCGCGCGCUGCCAGUGUGGUGAGCAAGACCGAGGUCAAGGUAGCAGCACUGGGGAAGUCGGCCUUCCAAAGACUUCUUGGGCCAGUGGAGCCGAUUAUGAGGCGUACAAGAUAUGACGCCAUCAAAACUGGCGUCGAGGAAAUGGAUCCACUACAGGCUGCCUAACCAUGUCAACAAGACUGAAGACCGCUGGUCGACAGAGAGGAAAUAGGUUGUGAAAUGCGCGAUGGACAUCUGACGGGUUGGUCUCUGACAGUUGGGUUCCUUACUCCAUCCAGCAUGUGUCGAGGCAAAACUGUUGUUUCUGCGUUUUAUUCUGUAAAGACGAGGUAAAGACCGUUACUGUUUGCCGGGCUAGGUGGCGUUGGACGGAUGCUCGCAGCUUGUUUGAUAUUCGUUAUUCCCCCAUUUUUAUGUCAAAAAUUCUUAGGCUUUAUUCUCUCCGUGGCUCCGUUGAACAUUUUCUCUGCGAAGCUUACCGAGGCGCUUACUAUUUAUAGACAACAAAAAAAAAGUCUUUUCA